AUGAGACUCGCAAUUCUUGUCGCUGCCACUGGUGCAAUCUUCACCGCCGGUGUUACUGGCCUGGCUUGUAAGGACGGCCUCAAAUAUUGUGCCUAUAACCUACAAAGCGGAGGUCACUUCUGGACAGAAGAUGAGAUUUGGUCUCAGCUGCAAUCUGAGGGACUUCCAGAUGGUUACACUCGAGGUCACAUAAAGCAUACAUUGUUCAAAUGUGAGGAUCGCUGGCACUGGGCUAAGGCUCAUUUAUACUAUGUGGAGUGGUGUGCCAAUAGUUGCGAAAAUGGUGGAAAUAAUAACGACGACCGUUGUAGACCUCACACAAACGAUUGA